GCGCGGUUCCCCUCCCCCACCCCCCAAAAAAUGGGGAAGGAAACUCUGCCCCUCCCCCAUCCAUCCGAGGUGUCCAGGGUGGGGGAGGGACGGUGUCCGUCUGUCCGUCUGACACCGUCCUUGUCUCCGUCCCGUGCCAGCGCCGGGAGCGGCGUCAGCGCCAUCGACAACAAGAUUGAGCGGGCCAUGGACCUGGUGAAGUCCCACCUGCUGCUGGCGGUGCGGGAGGAGGUGGAGGCGCUGCGGGAGCAGAUCCGGGAGCUGAGCGAGCGGCGGGCGGCGCUGGAGAGGGAGAACCUCCUGCUGCGGGCACUCGCCACGCCACAGCAGCUGGCCCGUCUGCUGUCCCUGCAGCCCCCCGGGCCGCCCCCCGCGCCGCCCUGAGCCCGGGGGGCCGCAGGAGGUUCUCAGGGGGCGGGCAGGGGGCUCCACGCUCGCUGCACCACUGCUGCUUUACUGGGAGGAAGGGAGGGAGUGGCGCUGAGCUCUCUCACCCUUCCUGCGCUAUUUGGGGCCUUUUUUAAUAAACCCGCGAUUUUUACAGCACGGGGGAGGGGAUGUGGUAAUUUUGGGGAAAAACUCGGGUGAAUUUGGGGUUCAAGGAGGGGUGGGAGCGGCUCCGGCCGAGGUGGGAUUCGAACCCGCGGCCUCCGAGGCGCAGCCGGGGGCGCCAUGUUGAGAAGGGCAGCGAGAGCGUGGUGGAGCCGCCGCCAUGCUUGUGAGGUCGGUUUGGGGGCG